CAUUAUUGUGAGAACAAUAUUAAAUCAUAUCCGAAAUAUACAUUAUUUUCAUUCUGUUAUUUUAUAUAUGUUGUUAAAUAUGUCAUUGUCUUUUAUUUAAAAAAAAGUUCUAGUACUGCAAAAUGAUUUGUCGUGACUAUAUGAUACGAGUGUGCUUCAGAAAUCCUUGCAAAAUGCAGCAUAAAAUUAUUGCCUGCAGUAAUGAAUCUUGUAACGGGAAUAGAUUGUGCAAAUUUGUACAUCUAACGAAGGAUGAAAUUGUUGAGCUUAAUAAAAAUGUACGACCGUUUCGUGAAACGGUAUAUAAUGAGAUGAAGCGUUUAGCUUUCAUUUUACGAGAAUCCUAUUCAACGGAAUUAAGAGCACAUACAUGUUCAUUAUAUCUGCUGGGAGAGUGUGUAUGGCCAUGUUUAUCAUGUGGAACAGCUUCCAACAAUAAUAACAAUAUAAAUAAUACUCCUCCAGUAUGCAACAAAUGUUACAUAAUAUUAAAUGAAGACAUGGAGGCAUUGAUUUGUGGCCACGUCUAUUGCAAAUAUUGUACGAAUCGACUGCAAAUUCGCGUAGAUGGUGCCUUGCCAGUAUAUCACUGCGUAAAAUGUAAUACAUGGGAAAAGUUUGUUAUUUUAUAUGGAGCAAAUAGAUGAAAACAAAUAGACAAAAACAAAUAAAGGUGCAAGGUUAAUAAAAGAGAUGCG